UCAGGAUUCACUGAUUCUUCUUCCACACCCAGUGCACCGGUGACAUUGGGAGACGUCCAGGACUUAGCUGACACAGGAACUAAUACAUUGGAUGCCACUCAGACACUGUUAAAUGACAGCUCACCCACACACAAGUCCUUUGCAGCAAAUUCACCGACUCCUGCUCCUCUUUCCCCAUCCAGUACAUCCAUACACUCACCAACACUUGGACACUCGCUCCAAACACACACUACAUUUCCCAAUACACCCAUGCCUUUCAGCUCCACUGCUACUGAAUCCUCUGUGCACUCAUCAUUCGUCAACCCCGAAACCACACCUACACCUACACAAACAUCAACUAAAUCAACAUCUACAGACACACAUCAAAAACACAACAACCUGCCUUUUCCCUCCUCUACUAUUGUCCCUGCUACACAUAAACAAUCCCACAACUAUAUUACCACCACGCAUGCUGCUCUGCCUUCGUUUACCACAGACAACACAGAUUAUCAACAUAAAGAUGGAGAGGUAGAAGUAGAGAAAAAAGAUGGGUCUUGGCAAUUGUCCCCCAGCAGCACAACUGCACACACUCCCACAACUGGACCUCCACAGCAACCACCAUCCUGGACAGCCCCGCAUCCCAGCCAGGAGAGCAAUUUUGCUCACACACCAUCUGCUUCGACUUCUGCACCCACUUGGAGCUCUACAACUACUCAGACACCCAAAUUUUACAUUGAGCCAGACCAGCCUGCAGCCAUAAGAGUGGAGUCAAUUGAGUUGCUGCUGCAGAUUAUUGUAGAAGAGUCCAGAUCAGCUUUAACUGCUGGCUUGGAGCAAGACAUGGCUGCCUGGGUGGAGCCCUACCUACUCAGAGCCUCAGGGUUCAGCAGGCUGGUGGGAGUCUGGAGCAGUGGCCAUGCAGUGCAGAGUCUGGUGGAGUUUAAAACCAGCAGGGCUUUGCAGUGGCUCAGCAACAAAGGACCUACAUCCCUGUUGGAACAAACAGGACUAGCUCAGGCUGUUCGUGAGGGGAGGACCUUCAGAUCAUCCAAGAUCACUAACAUCACGCUGGGAGGUCUACAGGGUGAUGUGUGCGACUGGUUACUGCAGUGCCCAGCAGGCUUUAAAUGUGUGUCCCAGCCUGGCACUGCCAACUAUAGCUGUUCCUCUGUCUGCCACUUUGACUACUGUCACCACCAUGGCAUCUGUACACACCAUCCGGGCCAACUUCCAGUUUGCCGCUGCCUCGUAGGAGAGGACUUCUGGUACAUGGGUCAGAGGUGUGAUGUCAGGAUGACUCGAGCACGGCUCGUGAGCGCAUGUCUUGCCAUCUUACUCAUCAUGGUGACCGUCAUUGGCGUCCUAGCCUUUGCAGCAGUGCGACGCUACCGAGCCAUUCUGAUCCAGGCCAAAGUAGAUCAGACUCGGAGCAGCUAUCGCAGGUUCAACCAUUUUGAUGAGCUGUCAGGCCGGUUCUGGUUGCGUUCGUUACCAGGAUCAGCAGACUCACUGGAUAAUCCUGUUUUUACACGUUCCGAUGAGUUACUACACCUGCGAGCACUCGACCGUCCCUGCUGUUACCACGACGACACGCUGUCACUGGCCUCAACCUGCCCCAGCCAUGGAGCACACAUCAAUACAAUUUAUCCCCACAGCUCCCAGUAUGGUUGGAGGGGGAGCGAGAUGAGCAUGGGGGAUGGUGUGCUGGACUCCGGUAAGGCCAGUGACCUUUCAGUCUGUAGCUGGCCUGUUGAACCCAUUCAGUGGACGCCAUUCCCACUUCUGCAGCAACUGGCCGCACACAGGACGCCCACAGUGAGGGUGAGAAGGCCGCGGUCCUACUGUGAAGGUAUGGAGCUGGUUGACAUGGGGAAGAGCUGGACUGCUUGAAGCACAUAAAGAAGGAUUAAAUCUGUUCUGACACUGGUAUUUGCAGUCAAAUCUUCAUGUAUUGUAAAUAAAUAUAAAAAAGAUUUAAAAAGUGUA